AUGGCUGGCAUGAUGAAUAACAGGCAAUUGGGUUUUUAUGAGUUCUCGUGUCCUCCAGAGGAAGUCAAAGUCCUUUUGCAGUAUGAUUUGGAAGCUGAGGGGUUCGCUUUAAUUUGUGAAGGGAAACUUGAUUUUGGUUCAUUUUGCAUUCAAAGAACCAUCAUAGAUUUCAUAAACCUGGUGUUCCUCUUUGUUUUCUAUCUACUUUUGUAUGUAUGUUCAGUCAUAAAACAGCAACGCAGCGUUGUUUACAGAAGGGACAGGAUCUCCAUUGUUGUUUCUAUCUGUUGUGCUCUCAUUAGUGUAUUGUAUCUUAGUGUUGGUUUAUGGAAUCUAAUAGCAAGAAAUGGUGGAUUUCAUAGCUUGAGCUGGUCGAUUGAGCUUUUCAGGGGAUUAAUUUGGAUUUCAUUAUCAGUUUCAUUGCUUGUUCAUACAUCACAACCGGUGAAAAUUCUCAUCUCCGUGUGGUGGGUGUCAUUCACUUUACUGGUUUCGAUUCUUCACAUUGAAGUCCUAUAUAGAACACACCGGAUAGAAAUAUUCGACAUUUUCCCAUGGCUUGUGAACAUAUUGCUGUUGUUUUCUUCCGUUAGAAACUUCAUUGAUUUGGAUAGGAAACAUGAGAGUCUAUCAGAAUCUCUAUUAGAGGAAAAGGAAGAAAAAGACCAGAUAGAAGUUUGUGAGGCCAAUUUCUUUAGCAAAUAGUCAUUUUCUUGGAUUAAUCCUUUUCUUUCCAGGGGUUACUUGAGACCCUUAGCUCUCGAAGACAUCCCUUCUAUUAGUGCUGAAGAUGAAUCCAAUUUGGCAUACCAAAAGUUUGCUAAUGCAUGGGAGUCCCUUAUAAUAGAGGGAGGCUCAAGUGAUAGAAAUAACUUGGUACUUAGGGCCAUAACAAAAGUCUACUUUAUGGAAAAUAUGAUUAUAGCAGUUUGUGCAGUUCUUAGGACAAUUGCUGUUGCAGCACUUCCAUUAUUGCUAUAUGCUUUUGUAAAUUAUUCAAACCAGGAAGAGGAAAACCUGCAGAAGGGUCUUGUUUUACUAGGAUGCCUUGUUGUUUCGAAGGUUACCGAGUCGUUGUCACAGAGGUAUUGGUAUUUUUCGUCAAGGAGGUCUGGAAUGAGGAUGAGAUCGGCACUAAUGGUGGCAGUCUAUCAGAAACAGCUGAAGCUUUCGAGUUCAGGAAGGCGGAGACAUUCUACUGGGGACAUUGUGAAUUACAUAGCUGUAGAUGCCUACAGAAUGGGAGAGUUUCCAUGGUGGUUUCAUUCGACUUGGAGUCUUGUAUUGCAGCUUUUCAUGUCUAUUGGAAUGCUUUUCUCUGUUGUUGGUUUUGGUGCUAUACUCGGUACAGUCCCUCUUGCCAUAUGUGGAUUCCUUAACACACCAUUUGAAAAGAUCAUACAAAAGUGCCAAUCUGAAUUUAUGAUCUCACAAGAUGAGAGAUUGGGAGCCAUUUCUGAAAUCUUAAACAACGUGAAGAUCAUUAAGUUGCAAUCCUGGGAGGAGAAAUUCAAGAGCUCGAUCGAAUCCUUAAGCGGCAAUGAGUUCAAAUGGCUUUCUAAACAACAAUUUUUGAGGCCUUAUGGCACUUUCCUGUAUUGGAUCUCUCCAACCAUUGUUUCUUCAAUUGUCUUCUUGGGAUGUGCUCUAUUUGAGAGUGCCCCAAUGAAUGCUGGAACCGUUUUUACAGUUCUUGCAACUCUAAGAAGCAUGUCAGAACCUGUUAGAAUGUUACCUGAGGCACUUUCGAUUCUUAUACAAGUCAAAGUUUCUUUUGAUAGAAUCAACACUUUUCUGCUUGAUGAUGAACUCAGGAAUGAUGAAAUAAGGAGAUUUCCCCACAGAAAACAACACAGUUGGGUUCCUGAAAUUGCAAGUCCGACACUUAGAAAUGUGGAGCUAGAAAUAAAAAGAGGGCAGAAGAUAGCUGUUUGCGGACCAAUCGGGGCUGGAAAAUCCUCAAUCUUGUAUGCAAUGCUGGGGGAGAUCCCGACGCUUUCAGGAACUGUUAGCGUGUUUGGAUCCAUUGCCUAUUUUUCUCAAGUUUCAUGGAUCCAGAGUGGGACAAUUCGCAACAACAUACUCUAUGGAAAGCCAAUGGACGCAGACAAAUAUGACAAGGCCAGUAAAGCUUGUGCUCUCGAUAAAGAUAUCAAUUGUUUUGACCAUGUUGAUCUUACAGAAAUAGGUCAGAGAGGGAUUAACAUGAGUGGAGGGCAGAAGCAAAGGAUUCAACUCGCUCGAGCAGUCUAUAAUGAUGCCGAUGUCUAUCUUCUUGAUUAUCCCUUCAGUGCUGUUGAUGCACAUACAGCUUCUGUUUUGUUGAAUGAUUGUGUUAUGACUGCACUAGAGAAGAAAAUUGUCAUCUUGGUGACUCAUCAAGUGGAGUUUCUCUCACAAGCUGAUAGAAUUUUGGUUAUGGAUGGUGGACAAAUUACUCAAUCAGAGAGCUAUGAAGAGCUAUUAAUGGCUGGGACAGCAUUUGAGCAACUUGUGAAUGCUCAUAGAGAUUCCAUAACUGCGUUGGGUACUUUGAAUGGUGACGGUGGAGGAGAAUCUCAAGAGACAGCUGCAGAGAUUGAAGGGGAGAGCUCGGUGAAAGGUUCGUCUGGAAUACAAUUAACACAAGAUGAAGAAAUAGAGAUCGGCGAUGUUGGAUGGAAGCCAUUCAUGGAUUAUGUUUCGAUCUCGAAAGGAUUUCUUUAUCUAUCUUUAAUCAUAUUGGCUCAGUCUAUGUUUUCCGUUCUUCGGGUUGCUUCGUCCUACUGGCUGGCGUUUGCUAUUCAAAUUCCUAACAUUACCAGCAGCAUGUUGAUAGGAGUUUACACUGGAAUUGCCACGCUUAGUGCUGUUUUUGUGUUUUUUAGAUCCCAUUAUGGUGCUCACCUAGGAUUAAAAGCUUCUAAAGCAUUCUCCUCUGGUCUCAUCAAUUCCAUCUUCAGAGCUCCAAUGUUUUUCUUUGAUUCGACUCCUGUUGGGAGGAUUCUGACCCGAGCUUCAUCAGAUAUGAGUAUCCUUGAUUUCGACAUACCAUUUUCCAUUGUCUUUGUGGCAGCUGGUGCAACUGAUUUCAUAGCAACAAUCGGAGCCAUGGCGUUCAUUACAUGGCAAGUUCUCAUUGUUGCUGUUCUUGCUAUGGUAGCAGUAAACUACAUUCAGCGGUAUUAUAUGUCCUCUGUGGAACUCAUAAGAAUUAACGGAACAACGAAAGCUCCCGUUAUGAAUUAUGCAGCCGAGACUUCGCUUGGGGUGGUCACCAUAAGAGCCUUUAACAUGGUGGAUAGAUUCUUUAGAUAUAAUCUGAAGCUUGUCAACACAGAUGCCACACUUUUCUUUCUUUUUAAUGCGGCCAUGGAAUGGCUAGUUCUAAGGAUUGAAACACUCCAAAACCUUACUGUAUUCACUGCUGCAUUUUUCGUUCUUCUGCUUCCAAAAAACCAAUCCAGACCAGGACUUGUUGGUCUUUCUCUCUCUUAUGCUUUAUCGCUGACCAGCACGCAAAUUUUUGCUUCUCGUUGGUACGGCCACUUAUUGAACUACUUGAUUUCGGUUGAAAGGAUAAAACAGUUCAUGAACAUACCUGAAGAACCUCCAGCAAUUAUAGAAGAUAACAGGCCACCAUCUUCUUGGCCCUAUAAGGGUAGGAUCGAAUUGCAAGAACUGAAGAUAAGAUAUCGCUCCAAUGCUCCUUUAGUUCUCAAAGGAAUCACUUGCACUUUCCAAGAAGGGACCAGAGUAGGAGUUGUUGGACGGACUGGAAGUGGAAAAACUACGCUCAUAAGCGCCUUGUUUCGCCUAGUAGAGCCUGCAAGUGGGAGAAUACUUAUAGAUGGACUUGAUAUAUGCUCUAUGGGACUGAAAGAUUUGAGAAUGAAGCUUAGCAUCAUUCCUCAAGAGCCAACUCUAUUUAGAGGCAGCAUUCGAACUAACUUAGACCCCCUAGGCCUCUAUUCAGAUGAUGAAAUAUGGAAGGCUUUGGAGAAGUGUCAACUUAAAACAACAAUCAGUGCCCUGCCAAACAAGCUAGAUUCAUCUGUGAGUGAGAAUUGGAGUGUGGGGCAGCAGCAACUGUUUUGCCUUGGAAGAGUUCAAUUGAAACGGAACCGAAUCCUGGUGCUGGAUGAAGCCACUGCUUCAAUAGACUCUGCAACUGAUGCCAUUUUGCAAAGAAUUAUAAGGGAGUUCUCAAAUUGCACCGUCAUAACAGUGGCUCAUAGAGUUCCAACUGUUAUAGACAGUGACAUGGUCAUGGUCCUCUCCUAUGGUAAAUUGUUGGAAUAUGAUGAGCCUUCAAACCUUAUGACAACAAAAUCUUCCUUUUCUAAGCUAGUAGCUGAAUAUUGGUCAAGUUGCAGGAGGAAUUCAUAUAAAAAUUUUAGCAGUUAUCAAAGAUUAGAACAAAUAUUGGCAUGAAAAUAAGAUCAAAUGUACUGUUAUUAUCUUGAAUAGAAAAUUUCCAGAGUCUUACAAGAGCCGUUCUUAUUGAUCUCUAGGAAGGUAGAGGAAUACAUGAUAAUUUGUGGUGAUUCAAGCUCAUUGUACCAAUUAUUUCCAUAUGAAUAAAGGAAGACUAUAAUGAGAGUAUCAAAUGUUUACCUUGAAUAGAAAA